AUGCCGAACCUGUAUGGAAAUAUUCUCAGCAGCAUUGGCUGCGGAAUCGUCGGCGGACAGGGAGUUUUACCGAGCGCCAAUUUUGGAGACAGAUACGCGAUCUUUGAGCCGGCUUCUCAAUACACUUGUGCGAACCUCGUUGGAAAGGAUUUGGCCAAUCCUUGCGUAUUCAUUUUGGCUGGAAUCAAUAUGCUUCGUCAUAUAAAGCAGGAAUCACUUCCCCAGUGUGACACUCGUGUCGCCUUUACCGAAUUGAGCACUGAUGUUUAUUUCAAGCAUUACAAGUUCUUUCGAAGAUUGGAUGAUUACGCUGAACUGCUGCAGAAAUCUCUUUACAAAGUGAUGUUUGACGAUAUGAUUCAGACUCCAGACAUUGGCGGCACCUUCCACACUUCUGACAUAAUUGAAAAUAUAAAGGCGGAAGUGAUUAAGCGAAUGCAGGCCAGCAAAAGAGGAUAA